ACUUCAAUCAUGUCGAAUAACGCUGAACAGCCUAAGGUCGUUCCUGAGGAUGAUGACGAGCCCGAUGAGUGGGACAAGCGCAUUUUCAGCACUGGCUGUCAUGCCGAGCAGGAUAAGAUGAAUGACUGCUAUUUCGUUAAGAAGGACUGGCGAGCUUGCAAGGACGAGAUGGAAGCUUUCCGUGAAUGCUGGAAGCGCCAGGGCAACGACCAACGUACUGAGAGCCAGGACGCAUAAUGCAACACAAACAUGUACUAUUACUCUUGACACAAUUGGCUCCUCUGCCCUUUGAUUACAAUUAUUUUACUC